GCAAGAUGGCGUCUGAAGGUGAAGACGUUAUUGCAGUCGUCACAGUUCAGUGUUCUUAAUCUGUGCGUCCAUGUACACAUAUAUGUCCUUUAUUACACUCUAUUAAAUAGAGGAAACAUCGCUAAUAACUGUUUGCAUCCGGUUAUAUUAGUCUGAGCGCACUUUGAUGCUUCUCGAGCUAGCUUAGCUUGCUAGUUAGCUUAGCUUGUUAGCUGCUAACAAAGAGAGGCGGAAGUGAUGAAAACACAUCGAUAAGCAGAGAUCAAGUGUGAGUGUAAAGUGUUGUGAUUGUGUGAAAAUGUGCGAAAGAACCAUAGCAGAGUACGAGGAGGAACUUUGUCCAACAAAAGAGGAGAAGGAGCGACAACAUGAAAAACAUCAAGUUGUGUUACACACAACAGACAUCCAUCAGCUGAUUGGACACCAAGAAGAAUGUCUCCCUCAUCUGCAGGGGGACAGUUUCACUUUAGAGGAUCCACAGCCCUCACACAUGAAAGAGGAAGAGGAGGGAGAGUGUCCUGUAGGGCAGGAAGAGGAUGAUGUCAGCAAGUUUCCACUGACUGUUGUCUCUGUGAAGACUGAAGAGCAUGAAGACAAAGCACCUGAGUCCUCACAGCUUCAUCACAGUCCAAACGUUCAACAGCCCCUUCACAUUAAAGAGGAAGAGGAUUAUCCACAGCCCACGUACAUUAAAGAGGAAGAGGAUGAUCCACAGCCCACCCACAUUAAAGAGGAAGAGGAGGAUCCACACAUGAAAGCGGAAGAGGAGGGAGAGUGUGUUGUAGGGCAGGAGGAGGAUGAUGUCAGCAAGUUUCCACUGACUUUUGUCUCUGUGAAGACUGAAGAGAAUGAAGACAAAGCAACUGAGUCCUCACAGCUUCAUCACAGUCCAAACGUCUGUGAAGAACAACUUCUGCCUGAAAAACAGGAGAGUAGCUUCAGGAUGUUGAAGGAGGAUCCACCAAAGAGGAAGACCAGGCACCACGGACCCUCUGGCGUCUCAUUUUCCUCUUUGACACAGACCCUUCCCUGUAAAAAGGAAGAGGAAGACUCACUGACCCCCCACAUUAAAGAGGAAGAGGCGGAACACAGCAUCAGUCAGGAGGGAGAUCAUAUUGAAGGACUGGUGGAGUUCCCAGUGACUGGUGUCCCUGUGAAGAGUGAAGAUGAUGAGGUCAAAGGUGAGAGUGAGGAGAAGAGAGAGGCGGAGCCUCUAAGCAGCAGCUCAACACAACGCAUGACAACAGAAGCUGAUGGAGACCACUGUGGAGGAUCACAAGCAGACAAGAUCUUAGCUCCACUAUCAGAUAGUGAGGACACAACGUCACACUCUCCUGACACUGAUGAUGAAGACUCUAAUGAUGAUAAGACAUGUCACACUGACAACACUCACUUCAAAUGUUCUCACUGUGACAAAACCUUUAAAUACCAUAGUUCUCUGAAAACACACACAAGAAGACACACUGGAGAAAAAACUUUUAUCUGUUCAAUCUGUAGUAAAGAUUUUAUUGAAAGUCACAAAUUGAAAGUACACAUGAAAACACACACUAGUGAAAAACCUUUUUCUUGUUCAAUCUGUGGUAAACGUUUUACAGGAAGUCAGUAUUUGAAAGUACACAUGAGAAUACACACUGGUGAAAAACCCUUUUCCUGUUUAACCUGUGGUAAAGGUUUUACACAUAAUCAAUAUUUGAAAGUACACAUGAGAACACACACUGGUGAAAAACCUUUUAUCUGUUCAAUCUGUAGUAAAGGUUUUACACAAAGUCAAUACUUGAAAGUACACAUGAGAACACACACUGGUGAAACACCUUUUUCUUGUUCAACCUGUGGUAAAGGUUUUACACAAAGUCAAUCUUUGAAAAUACACAUGAGAGCACACACUGGUGAAAAACCCUUUUCCUGUUCAAACUGUGGUAAAGGUUUUACACAAAGUCAAUAUUUGAAAGUACACAUGAGAAGACACACUGGAGAAAAACCUUUUUUCUGUUCAACCUGUGGUAAAGGUUUUACACAUAGUCAGUAUUUGAAAGUACACAUGAGAACACACGCUGGUGAAAAACCUUUUUCCUGUUUAACCUGUGGUAAAGGUUUUACACAAAGUCAACAUUUGAAUACACACAUGAGAGCACACACUGGUGAAAAACCCUUUUCCUGUUCAACCUGUGGUAAAGGUUUUACACAAAGUCAAGAUUUGAAAGUACACAUGAGAAGACACACUGGUGAAAAACCUUUUUCCUGUUCAACCUGUGGUAAGGGUUGUACACAAAGUCAAGAUUUGAAAGUACACAUGAGAACACACACUGGUGUAAAACCUUUUUCCUGUUCAACCUGUGGUAAAGGUUUUACACAAAGUCAACAUUUGAAAAGACACAUGAGAACACACCCAGGAGAGAAAGUGUUGAGUUGCAGUGUGUGUGGUGAAAGAUUUUCUUCUGAGUACCAGUGUAAGAAACACAAGUGUGCUGGUGAGAACAGCAGCAGCAAAUGAAACUGCAGGAUUUGAAAUAAACUGUCAAGACUUUAAUGUUGACUUUCUGACAACAUCAGCACAUAUAACAUGUGUGACAUUGUUGUUUGUGUAACAAUCUUGUUAAUAUGCUCCUACAUUUUAUUUUUAACGUUGUUCCAGGUAAUCUUAUUUUCAGUGAAGGUUUAGGAUAGGCAAAUAUAAGCUUUGGCUUCAGCCUAUUCCUUUUUCGGUCAUGCUUUUUCUUUUCUUUUCCUUUUGUGUGUAAAUGUGUAUGAUUGUUAUAUAUGUACUCUUAAACUGGUCACACAAAAUGGUUAAUGGUUGAUGGUUAAUUAUGUGACCGAAAUAAACUUAUUUCAUUCA